AUGAUAACGACAAAGACAGGAAAUGUCAUACCGAGCACUGGCAAUUCAAGGCUCAAUGCUAAGCUCCAGGGAGGUCUUCGUAUCAUAAGAGAGGACAUGACGUGUGCUGAGUUCCACGAUUCUGUUUGGGGCUUUGUUAUCUAUCGCUGCGUGGAGGGCAGCGAUGCUGCGUGGAGCAGCAUUCUGGAGCAGCUUGAAAGCCACAUCCAGGAAAGUCUCGAGGAUGAGCAACUCCAGGACCUCUUGCCAUUCCAUGAUUUACACAUCAUUGACGACAAGUCGCUUUACGGGGCAUCGAUUGAUGAAGUCAGAGCCCAUUUCCAAGCUUGGGUGCCGAAAACCCUGGAAGCUAGGCUUCGCCCAGACAUCAAGUGUACUAUUUCCGACGUAAGCUACCUAAGCGUAGAUAUCGCACCUAGAUACGAAUACUGUCUCGCCGUAGACGAGAUAUCUCUAGAGUCAGUGGAACAUCCGGAAGGUGUGGGGCCUGUGGUUAAGCUGGUCUGCCGAGACUGGGAGUGCCCUUGGAGUCCCGAGGAAAAGCUUCGGGGGGUGCACCCGCCAUUCCAUGACGGGAUCACUGAGUAUGACGAGGAAGAUGUGGGCUGGAUGUACAUGUGUCUUGUAUCUUAUAUGGAUAAAUACGAGAACUUCCACGAUUGGUGUUGGGAUGACAUGUAUGUGAGACCACCGUUCAUAGAUGGGACCGAGGAUGAGACCGAUAUGGUGGGCCAUUGGAGGCGAAAGAAGGAUGUCAACCAGGACAAGGAGGUCUCUGAAACUUGA